CGAAAAUGGUGGACAGUAUUUGGGAUGUAUUUUUAUCUGAAGAAGAACAUGAGUAUUUGGAGAAGAAAAAAAAUAAAGCUCCAAUAACGAGGGCAACGAUGGAUGGAGAGUUACAAAUUGGAGAUCAAAGUCUACACCCAUCCCUAAGUGCAAUUUCUAAAGAAAAAAGUCAUUCUGUCACAUUGACAAAACUUACAAGUCUAUUGGAGUGUCAACCAGAUAUGGUACAAAGAAAGUAUGCUAGCCAACCAAUUAUUUAUAAUGAAGAUAUGAAAAAUUAUGACGAACGAGAAAAAUCGCAUAGAAUAUCAGUCGUUAUGGAUUAUUUAGGAAAUGAUAAACUUAAAACAUUUAAUGAAUAUGAUGAUAGAAAUGAAACUGAAACAA